AUGAAGGCAAAGAUAUACAAAGAAUUGACCAAAAACAGUGGGAUAUUGCUUUCUUCAGAUGCACUGGCAUAUUUAAACGCUAGGGUCACAGAUGAGUGUAUGCUGAUGCACAUCUCUGCGGAGUACAAACGAAGAAAUGGGCCCAAGAUGGGCGAUUUAGGGCUGUUCCGGGAAAUCAUCGAGUCUGCAAAAACAUGCAUGCAGACUCCAUACACCAUAGUUAGCCAGCAGUACAGAAAAGCAGAUUACAUGCACAGGUAUAGGCGACUCAAGCAAAGAAUAAGAAAAGAAAUCACACCGAUAUAUCUUCUUGACGGUCAGCUCUGUACAAUAUUCGGAUGCUAUUACAGAGAUAAGCAAGGAAAUGAAGUUCUAGAGGAUGAUGGAGACACGGUUCUGCUUGAUAUGAGCAUGUGUAACGGAAAUGCAUUUCUCUGUGACAACAUUUUUGUUGCACUGGAUGGAUAUGCUUCUAAAGGCACCUUUGGAGUAACAGAGACGCAUUUCCCAAGCAUUGAGGUGAGAAAUACAGUCAAGCAUGUCCUGCCGGUUGAAAGCCUCAGAAUUCUGUUUUUUUCCGAGUUUUGGCUCAAUGAGAUGAAUGGCAGCAUCCUAAGGAAGAUUAUAACGAAGAUUCCCGUCGAUGUGAUUGUAAUCAUGGGGAAGCUUUCCUCAGAAAAGUGCCUAUCCAUUCCAUACGCAUGCUUCAUGAACGGGCUUAAGACAAACAGCGCAGUUUCAAGAACGCCAGACAUUAUUGUAUGCCCGGAUGCAAACGACCUGUAUUCUUCAUUUCUUCCUAAAGAGAUACCGUUGCCCGGUGAAUAUAAAGAUACAAUUAAAAUGGCCAGCAAUCCAUGCAUCAUAGAAACCAGGCAUUGCUCAAUAGGCGUUAUCAGAGACGAUAUUUUCAAGUCAAGGGAGCGGGGACGAUUCAUAGGGACUGAGUACAUCGACUCAUUUGUAAGGGCCAUGCUAUCGCAGCAAAGCCUCAACCCAUUUGGAAUAUCAAACCUCGACAUUGAAGGCAUUCCAGACAUAGUUGUUGUGGGCCAAGACUUCUAUCCGUUCAUAUCUUCCAUUGAUGAGAUAACAUUUAUUUCAUGCCCAAGCUUUCGUGAUGGAAUGGCUUUUAUUUCAUAUGAUGCCUCAUCCAGAAUGCCAAGUAUAUUAUACUGCAAGGAUGUUCUAAGAGACAAUCCUUAG